ACGCUUAAUUUUCAUAUAUAUAGUUUAUUUGUUUGUUCAUUUAUACGUUUAUUGUAUCUACGAACUUAUUAACGACGUUGCUAGGGAAUCUUUAGACGUCGCUGUCGCCUAUAUAGUGCUGCAUAACAAAUGACGUCCUGUCGCCUAGCUAGUGCACUAUAGAGUCUGCGUUAUGUCUUAUGUAGAGUCCGGAGUAGUGCGCAUAUAUAGGGAUUUUAAAGCGAUUUGGUAUUCCAACAUAGCUACCUCAUAUCCGCUUUUGGUUUCCCUCCCUGGCAUGCAGCUGGGCUGACCUUAACACUGUGUAUUGGUUUGAUGUGCUGCUUGAGAAAAGUAUUAUUUGUUUAUGGCAUUUCGGGUUCUGUUUCGUAAGCCUUGUCUGUGUACGUCGAGGCCGUUUCCGUUUUGAAAAAGAGACUUUGCAGUGAAAGUUAUGGCUACAAUGGUUUUACAGGGACUCAGGUGUUCAAUGACCACGCCAUUAAUUCUCCAUAAGUUUUAUUCCAGCCGCAGCUCCUGCUAUAGAACAUGUACACAGCUGUUAAACAUGGGAACAUGCACUCCGCUGAAUGUAUCCUUCACAUGCAGAAGUCCUGUAUUUCCCAGUGUGAGGACUCUGUCUUCUGUCCCUCCACCACCUUCAGCCAGAGGCAACAAAUCUACCGAGAAAAAGACUGGUCCAGUCACAUGGAAAUCUCUCGCUGUCACAUUUGCCUUGGGUGGGACUCUUCUUCUGGGCAUGAAAUACUUUAAAAAAGAGAAAGAAGAACAGUUUGAGCGAGAGAGAACGAGGUCUUUAGGGAAACCAGCCCUUGGAGGCCCAUUCUCUCUUAUCGAUCACAACAGUAAACCUUCAAAAAGUGAAGAUUACCUGGGCCAGUGGGUGCUGAUCUAUUUUGGAUUCACACACUGUCCAGAUAUCUGUCCUGAUGAACUGGAGAAAAUGAUCGAGGUCGUGGAUGAAAUUGACAGGAUAAAGACACUCCCCAAUUUAACACCAAUUCUGAUCACAAUCGAUCCAGAAAGAGACACACCUGAGGCCUUGGCAGCAUAUGUCAAAGAGUUCUCCCCAAAGCUGAUUGGCAUGACCGGAACAACAGAACAAAUUGCGCAGGUGUCCAGAGCUUACAGAGUGUACUACAGUCAGGGUCCAAAAGAUGAAGACAGUGACUACAUUGUAGAUCAUACCAUCAUUAUGUACCUGGUGGGUCCUGAUGGAAAGUUUGUAGACUACUACGGCCAGAACAAGAAAUCAGCCGAGAUCUCCUCCUCCAUUGCGUCACACAUGAGAAAGCAAAGACAAUCCAAGUAGUGUAUCACGUUAUUGUUUUUGUUGUUGUGCUUUCUCUCUCUCUCUUUUUUUUUUUUUCCUUUCUAGCACCAAAGACUUAGAAUUGUGAACAUUUGUUAUUUCUUAAAGAUCAACUUCUGUGUAGAAUACUGUUUUUGUUUAACAUUUCUCCAUAUGUGAAUUGUCUUAAAUAAAAUACAUUCUCUGCUGUUUUUAUUUUA